UCGUUUAAUUGUUUCCAAAGUAAACGAAAAAACUAAUUAAGAUCGAAAUCAUGAAACGCGGUCCCUUUUAAGGACCUAUGGAAUAGUUUGGAAAUGGUUAGAAUUUUCUACCUUUUUUUUGCCGACAGAGACCGACAAUUAUUUAUAGAGAAUACUAAUGGUCAAAGAAAUUUGUAUAUUUGACAAAUUCUAGAAAAUUUAAACUACCAGGAUUUAGAAUAAAAUAACCUAAAUUGGGGCCCAAACAGGAUAUAGGUAAAAAUAAUAAACUCAACUUGGUCCACUUUAUAGUGAGGCAAACCAAACAGCAAUGCAGAACAGAAUUGUAAAUGGGGAAGUGCAAGGGCGUUGUAUAGCUGUAAUUUUGUUUGCAUAGACACAUUUUUACUGAUUCGUGUCAGAAAUCCUACUUUUUUCGAGAAUUUUCUUAUAACGUAAUCUGCAUGGGCAUGGAAUUUUAGAUUUUGUGUCCGAGCAUUGAUAACAAUGGACGAGUACAGUACUACUGAUAAUUUAUAUUUGACAAAUUUAACCAUGGAGGAUGAACUGGAAAAAGAAAUUAGAAUCUUGGAGCAUGAUUUUGACUACUAUCAUAAUAUUUAUGUAUUUGUAACCGAAUAUUUCAUAUCAUUAGCCCUACUAAUUGAAACUAUAUUAGUUUUAUGUAGCACCUGCUUUAUAUCAUUUUUAAUUUAUAAGUUUAAGAGGCUCAGGACACGAACAAACUAUAUUAUGGUAAACUUCAUGAUAUCAUCUAGCAUUUGUAGUUUGUUCGUUUUAUGUGGAACUAUUAUAGAUACCUUUCCGUCAACUUUUUUUACAUCUUAUUCUUAUCAAGAAGACGUGUAUUAUAUUCUACUGUUAGCAACUAUUAUGAGUGUAAAUGCAAUGCUUCUUCUUGCUUUAUUUCUAGCAAUUGAUUGGCUUAUCUCAGCAAACUAUUCAAACGUGUUACCCAAGUAUCAGCAGUGGUAUCAUUUUGUUAUAAUAACAAUUUACAUAUUUGCCUCGAAGGACUUUCUGCUAUUUUUUGUGCUAUAUCAUAAAAUGUUGUUACAUAUUGUAAUUGAGUUAUUUUGUACCGGAUUAAUUUUGAUAAUAACAGGAAUAACGGUGGCUGUAUUGUUUGUUAUAAAAAAGUGUAAGCAUUAUUCUCCAGGGCAAUCAAAGAUAGAUUAUGCUAUAGUAAUUCCAUGUACGUUUUUCUUAAUGUGGUUACCAGUAAUAAUUUCAUCUAUAAUUGCAAUUAUAGUUUCAGCUGCGAGUCAUCUGUUCUAUAAAUAUUCUAUUAUAUUAAUCAUUAUCACCCAAAUUUUAAGCAUUUUUGGUCUUGCAUCUCCUUUAAUUUAUGUCGUUUUAUUAAGUAAGUUACACAAGAAUUUUAAAGCUUCUUACGACUAUGUUUUAAAAAAAUCUCUUAGAAAUUAUACUCAGCAUGAGUGUGAUGAAGAUCUUGAAAGUGUAUAA